AUGACGGAGGCCCAGGAACCGCUGACGCUGGAGGAUGUGGCCGUGGACUUCACCUGGGAGGAGUGGCAGCUCCUGGGCCCCGAGCAGAAGAUCCUGUACAGGGACGUGAUGCUGGAGACCUACCGCCACCUGGUGUCCGUGGGGUAUCAAGCCAGCAAACCCCACGCGCUCUCUAAGCUGGAACGAGGGGAAGAACCAUGGACAGUACAGUGUGGACGCCGCUGUCUAGUCUCUCCAGAAUUCAGGAAGGUCCAUGAUCCUCUGCCACAUCACCUAUGGUGUCAAAGCAUUCAGAAGAAUGUGGAACAAUGCUGUGAAUGUAAUAUGUUUGCAGAUAUUGUUAAUAAGAGCAGAGGUCAUUACUUAUUAAAGCAAAAUCAAGGAAUGUCUGAAAUAAGUGAAAAACUUAUAGGAUCAAAUUUAAGUUUUGAAAACCAGUAUAAAAGCUGUAACUUAAAGAAUUCCGUUGAGUUGAAUGGAGAGAAGGCAUCCAUUGUGCAUGAUAACCAUGAACAAUUUUACACUGAAAUCAUGUUGCCUGUCAGUACCAAAGUGAUCAAUAGUAAGUCCCAGAUCAACGUAGAGAAAGCACACAUAUGCAUUGAAUGUGGAAAGGCCUUUGCGAAGAUGUCUCAGCUCACUGAUCACCACAGAAUUCACACGAGAGAGAAACCUUAUGGGUGUAGUCUGUGUGGGAAAGCCUUUAGCAGAAAAUCCAGGCUCACUGAACAUCAGAGAAUACAUACAGGACUCAAACAAUAUGAAUGCACUGAAUGUGACAAAACCUUCCUCAAGAAAUCACAGUUCAAUAGACAUCAAAAAAUUCAUAUGGGAGAGAAAACUUAUACGUGUAAUGAAUGUGGGAAGGCGUUCAUCAAAAAGUUUUGGCUCAUGUGUCAUCAGAGAACUCAUACAGGGGAGAAACCCUAUGGGUGCAGUCUAUGUGAGAAGACCUUCUGUACAAAGUCUAAUCUAAACAAACAUCAAAAAACGCAUACAGGAGAAAAACCUUACAGAUGCAGUGAAUGUGGAAAAGCCUUUGUUGAGAGAAAUCAUCUUAUUGCCCAUCAUCGAACUCAUACAGGAGAGAAACCCCAUGAAUGCCAUCUAUGUGGGAAGACCUUCCGUAUAAAAUCUAAUCUGAAUAAACAUAAAAAAAACCAUACAGGAGAAAAACCUUAUAAAUGCAGUGUAUGUGGAAAAGGCUUUGUUGAGAAGAGACGUCUUAUUGUGCAUCAUCGAAUUCAUACUGGAGAGAAACCCCAUGGAUGCAAUCUAUGUGAGAAGACCUUCUCUACAAAGUUUAGUCUCACUGUACAUGAGAGAAUUCAUACAGGAGAGAAACCUUAUACAUGCAGUGAGUGUGAAAAGGGCUUUGUCAAGAAGAGUCAUCUUAUUGAGCAUCACCGAACUCACACAGGAGAGAAACCUUUUACAUGCAGUGAAUGUGGGAAAGGAUUCUCAUUGAAGCAGUACCUUAUAGGACAUCAGCGAACUCAUACUGGACAGAAGCCCUAUGUAUGUAGUGUGUGUGGUAAAGGCUUCACCAUGAAGCGUGAUCUCACUGUACAUCAGCGAAAUCAUAUUCCAGAUAAACCAUAUAUGUGCAAUGAAUGUGGAAAAGGCUUUAUUGUGAAGCGUGGUCUCGUUAUACAUCAGAGAACGCACACAGGAGAGAAACCCUAUGUGUGCAGCGAAUGUGGAAAAGGCUUCUCGGUAAAAAUGCAGCUGACUGUACAUCAGCGAACUCAUACAGGAGAGAAACCCUUUUUAUGUAGUGAGUGUGGGAAAGGCUUCUCAACGAAGCACUGCCUUAUCGGACAUUUGCGAACUCAUACUGGAGAGAAGCCCUAUGUAUGUAGUGUGUGUGGAAAAUGUUUCACCAUGAAGCGUGACCUCACUAUACAUCAUCAAAGUCAUACUUCAGAAAAACCAUAUAUGUGUAGUGAAUGUGGAAAGGGCUUCAUUGUAAAGAGUCGAUUGAUUGUACAUCAGCGAAUACACACAGGAGAGAAACCCUAUGUAUGCAGUGAAUGUGGGAAAGGCUUCCCACAGAAAAGGCAACUGCUUGUACAUCAAUGGACUCAUACAGGACAGAAACCUUAUGUAUGUAGUGAAUGUGGAAAAGAUUUCACAGCAAAACGUAAUCUCAUCAGACAUCACCUAAAACACACAGGAGACAACCCCCAGGAACAUAGUGGAAAAGACUUCACCAUGAAAACUGAUCUUACUUUACAUUAA